UGAAUCAUUAGAAUAUGCAUCAUCACUUUGGAAAAAAGAACCUAAAACAAAACAUGGCACCUCAAAUUUCUAGAGGCAGAGUCCCUAUUGUUGUUUUGCUAGCCUCUCUAGUCCUCCCCCUCCUUUUUCAAGAAUAUUCUUCUUCUUCUGUGUUCAUUGCAAGUGCAUCAGCUUCAGAAUCAGAUGUUGAUCUGUUAGAAUUUCCCUUAAAUUUAGAAUACUUGGAGGCUGAGUUUUUCUUAUUUGGUUCCUUGGGUCAUGGAUUGGAUGUGGUUGCUCCAAAUUUAAGUGAGGGAGGACCCCCUCCCAUUGGUGCCAGAUUGGCCAGACUUGAGAACCUCAUCAGGGAUAUCAUCUUGCAGUUUGGUUUGCAGGAAGUUGGACACUUGAGGGCCAUAAAGAGCACAGUGAGAGGGUUCCCAAGGCCGUUACUUGAUCUAAGCACAGCAUCUUUUGCAAAAGUAAUGAAUAGUGCAUUUGGGAGACCUCUUGUUCCUCCCUUUGACCCCUAUGCUAAUUCGAUCAACUAUCUGUUAGCAUCUUAUGUGAUUCCCUAUGUUGGUCUCACUGGUUAUGUUGGUGCCAAUCCACUGCUGCAAAAUGCUACUUCCAAGAGGCUUGUUGCAGGGCUUCUAGGAGUAGAGUCCGGGCAAGAUGCAGUUAUUCGAACAUUGUUGUAUGAACGCCAAGCAUCAUUGGUGCAACCAUACAAAGUGACUGUGGCAGAGUUUACAGAUCGCAUUUCAAUGCUUAGGAACAAGCUAGGAAAUGCAGGUGUGAAAGACGAGGGUCUUGUGGUGCCUAGAGUGCAAGGUGCUGAGGGUAGUGUCACAGACAACAUUCUCGCUGGUGACAAAGAUUCACUAUCAUAUCCUAGAACUCCAGAGGAAAUAUUGAGGAUAAUAUAUGGAGGAGGUGAUGAACAUGUUCCUGGUGGUUUCUACCCUAACGGAGCAUGUGGUCGCAUAGCUAAAUCUUACUUGAAGUACACUACUUAAAGCUAGAGUAUGUGUUGUAGUUAUAUGUGUCUUGAAAUUGUUAUGCCUACCCUAUCACAAUAAAUUAUUAUUAUAAUAAGAGAGUAUGUUGCUUGAUCAUAUGGCUACAAUUUGUAAGUGAUGAUUAAUUACCAAUAAUCGAAUCUUUGGUAAUAUAUAUUUAAAAAUCAAUAUUAUAUUAUGUGUUAA